CCCAGAUUAUAUCUCCAAACGCUCACAGCACCACAAAGCGACUGCGGACGCGACUAUUGGAGGGAAUUUCCACUGAUUUUUGAGCGAAUUUUAUCCAGAACACCGCUCGAAUCGCAGCUGACGAGAUCGAAACCAUGGCGCCUUCAUUUGCAGAACUCAAGGCCAAAGCGGCCAAGACAACCAGCAGUGGUGUCGAGAAGUUGCAGAAUAUGAAAGACCGAAAUACGAGUGUAUCAAUGAAGAAGACCAAUUGGGAUCCUUAUAGCGGAAAGCCACCACCGCCUCCACCGCCCCCCAAAUCUCUGAUCAACCAGAGAACUAAGCCAGAGCUGGCACCUCUUCCGCCUCCACCCAGCAGGACCAAUUCCAUUGCUUCUACGAGUACAGCAUCCAGGUCUCUAUCUAACUCACCGGGACUAGCUCCUCCACUGCCUUCUCGUGUAUCUUCCACCACCAGACCUCCAUUACCUUCGCGCACACCAUCCACAGGUCCUCCAUUACCGAAACGCCCCGGGCAGACAGCGGUAUCUCCACCGUCUAGAACAGGUGGUCUUCCCAAACCUGCAUCUUCUGGUCCGCCGCCUCCUCCCCCUCCCGUGGCUCUGUCCACAAAGCCUGUUUUAAAUAAACGGGAUUCCUUCUAUGUGGAAGACGAGGAUCCUGUUAUCGAUUGGACAAACUUAUCUCAGCAAGACAAAGAAGUUUUCUUCAGCUGGUUGGACGAGUUCUUUUCAAGAUAUCUCCAGAUUGAUCUCGCUCCUCGGGCGAUCCCUUAUCCAACGCAACCAAUAGGCAGUGUCGGUGGACCUCCUCCAUUGAAGGCAUCUACAAAACCGACCUCGUGGACACCGCUCACGGUUGGUAGUAGUAGUACGUGAAUUUGUCUUGCGUCAAUAUGCCAUGCAUCCAAUCAUAAUCCCUUUCCCAAAUCGUCAUACCCAG